AUGCCCGAAAAAGUCCACACUCAUUUUGGUGGUGAGGAGUCUGCUCCUAAGCAGAUUUCACUCACCGCGCCUCCCACCACUGAAGAAACUGCCCGGAAGAAGAAGCGGGCUAACAAACGGAAGCGCGACGAGUCCGAACCCCAACCGCCUCGCGAUCAUGAAUCCAUUCAAACGAAGCCCACUCCUGCCCCUGCAUUCCAGGAGGAACCCGAACCGGAAGCGAAAGUAACAGAUAUCUCUCAAGCACCAUUAAAUAAGAGCGCGCUCAAUGGGAAGCCCAAACACAAGCCUAAAUCCUUCAUCGAUCCCAAGACCAAUUUCACAUCUCUCCGCGAAAAAGCCAAUGCUCUCUACGAAAUACGAAAGAAACUCCCAAUUUUCGCCCAUGCAAACGAGAUCCGGGAAAAUCUUCGUGAACAGGAUGUUAUGCUUUUGGUCGGUGAGACUGGUAGCGGAAAGAGUACCCAGAUCCCCCAGUUCCUGGUGAACGAAUUCUGGUGCCGGCCGACACCAGCCAAGGUACCGCAGAAGGAUGGAUCAGUCAAAUCGAUGAUGGUUGGUGGUUGUAUUGCGAUCACACAGCCGCGACGAGUGGCCGCUAUCUCUCUGGCCCGCCGUGUGGCAGAGGAGAUGGGAACACCACUUGGAUCAUCAUCGCCAGCGAGUAAGGUCGGUUACUCGGUACGAUUCGAUACAUCCACUUCGCCGAGUACCCGGGUCAAAUACUUGACUGAAGGAAUGCUUCUGCAAGAAAUGUUGCAUGACCCGUGGCUUACUAAGUACAGCGCGAUUGUAGUAGAUGAGGUUCACGAACGCGGUGUCAAUGUUGAUCUAACUACGGGGUUCUUGCGGAACUUGGUGUCUGGGAAGCGGGAAGGCCGUGGGGGAGUCCCCUUGAAAGUGGUGGUCAUGAGUGCUACAGCAGAUAUGGAGAGUCUACUUGGCUUCUUCCAGGAAGGAUUCAAAGACCAGCUCCAACUCCAGAACGGGACCAAAAAUGCCACGGAAGGGCAGAAAGAUGACGAGAGCUCUAAGCAGAUCUCAGUCUGUCACAUCAAGGGUCGACAAUUUCCUGUGAAAACUAUAUACGCACCAGAGCCCGUCCAUGACUACGUUGAUGCAGCUCUCAAGGUCAUCUUUCAGAUCCACUACAAGGAGCCGAUGCCUGGUGACAUUCUUGUCUUCUUGACUGGUCAAGAGACGGUGGAAGCUCUGGAGAACCUGGUCAAUGAAUAUGCCACCGGAAUGGAUCCCAAUCUACCACGGAUUCAAGUCCUCCCGCUCUUUGCAGCCCUUCCUCAAGCUGCCCAACAGCGAGUCUUUGCUCCUGCACCACCCCGGACUCGUAAAGUUAUCCUGGCAACUAACAUCGCUGAAACAUCCGUGACGGUGUCUGGAGUGCGAUAUGUCGUGGAUUGCGGCAAGGCCAAGGUCAAACAAUUCCGCACCCGGCUUGGCCUGGAUUCCCUGCUAGUGAAACCCAUCUCCAAAUCCGCCGCCAUCCAGCGAAAGGGUCGUGCUGGUCGUGAAGCACCCGGCCAGUGUUUCCGCCUGUACACCGAGAGUGACUACCUGAAACUUGACGAAACUAAUACCCCCGAGAUCCUCCGAUGUGAUUUGAGUCAGGCACUCCUCAAUAUGAAGGCUCGUGGUGUCGACGACAUUGCCCGAUUCCCCUUUUUGACACUGCCACCGCGUGAGGCACUGGAGAAGGCCCUGCUCCACUUGCUAAAUAUUGACGCGUUGAACGAGUCCGGUGGUAUCAGUGAGGUCGGCUUGAAGAUCGCCAAGCUGCCCCUGACUCCCACCCUUGGACGAGUCUUGUUGGCGGCGUCGGAAAACGGCGCUGAAUGUUUGAUUGAUGUGAUUGACAUUAUCUCUUGUCUCAGUGUGGAAAACAUCUUCCUGAACACUACCUCUGAGGAAAAGAAGGAAGCAGCCGAGAUCGCCCGUCGGGAUCUUUAUCGACGCGAAGGAGAUCAUAUGACGAUGCUGUCAACGGUUCGGGCCUAUGCGGGUGAGAAUGCUGACCGAAAGGCGUGGGCCGAGCGGCACCUGGUGUCGCAUCGUGCGAUGCAGUCCGUCAUGGAUGUUCGGAAACAACUACGGACCCAAUGCCGCCAAGCAAAACUCUUACCUCGUGAUGACCAAAUCAACCAACAUUAUGAUCCGUCGCCGGUGCAUAUCUUGCAGAGCUUCCUCUGUGGCUUUGCGACAAACACCGCUCGUCUUGUGCCCGACGGGAGCUAUCGUACGGUGGUCGGCAACCAGACUGUUGCGAUCCACCCCUCGAGCGUCUUAUUCGGCAAAAAGGUCGAGGCCAUCAUGUAUAACGAAUUUGUGUUCACGAACCGCAGUUACGCGCGGGGUGUGAGCGCCGUACAGAUGGACUGGGUUGGCGAGGCCCUUGCUGGCCAGUGA